AUGGCUGACCGGCUGACCGCCCUUGCCGGCUUCCACGACUCGUCCUAUUCAGUCGCAUCAAACACUACAGCAGGAGAUGCUUUGGGAGGUAUACAUGACGGAAAUGUGACACAGGCCGACGCGUCCGCCGGAGGACGGCCGAUGCCUGCCUUACCGCCAGGAAUGGAGACAGAGGCGAGUGUUAGCUUGAUGCCUCCUCCGGCUGUCCCUCAGCGCAAUGGCACCAGUGGCACUGCUGGCGGCGCGACAAAUACCUUUAAUCCAGCCACAUCUUCCGCAAGCAAGGCCGCCCGCGCGAAAACCCCACCACCAGCUCCCACGAGUAAGCAGCAACAGCCGCCAGACACUGCGCAGAAGCCAGACACGCGUCGAAGGUAUGGCAUCACGAUCGGCGGGCUCGCUGGAGAUCCAGGCGCUGCAGGAGGUCUCUCUCUCGGUGAGGAUGAAGAUGAAGACGCAAGCGAGAUGGCGGGAGGGGUCGAAAUCGUUGGUGGUGCAGCUGGUGCAGAGGACUCUGGUCAAUGGGGCUCGCGUGCGAUGAAUCGACGGGUCGCGCAAGGGACAAACCUGAAGCAAUUGCAGGCUCGAAUCGACUCCCUCACCACUGAGCGCGAUGACCUUAAAAUCGAAGUCGACUUCCAUCGACGAAAGGGGAGCAUAGGAGACAUCGCCAGCGAGGUCAUUUCGUUAAGGCAGGAGAAAUUAACGUACGUUAAGAAGGUCAUCAACCUCAAUGACAUCGUCAAGAAACAAGACAAAGUGAUGACGCAACUGCGAAAGGCGAACAAGUUCUGGGAAGGAAAGAAAGUGGAGGAUUGGAAGAACAUGGAGGACGAGCUCCACGCACUUAGGAAACAAGCAGAGUUGCAAGCCCGGGAAAAUGACAAAUUGCAAGAAGAAGUCCAAUUCUUCAAGAAUCUGCGCGAGGAUCGGAGCCGCGAGGAUCGCAGUCGGUCCAGUGUUCGUGUCGGCGGUAAGGCUACCAUACAGGAACUCGAGCAAGAAGUAGAAGCCUUGAAGGAGGACCAAAAGGUGGAACUGUACAAGCUGGAGACCGCGCUUGCCGACAUGGAGCAGCAGCGCGAUGACCUUGCAGACCAGCUCGAAGAAUUGCGCCUUAGCAAGCGUGGCGCGGCCGGCGGUCGACGCAGCCUCAAAAGCGCCGAGGAUAGCGACGCAGAUGAGUCAAACGCCACACUCGGCACAGCUGCCGCGGAGCGCUCAGCGAUCAUCAGGCGAAAAGAAGAGACAAUUAAGGAUCUUGAAGAGCGUGAGGCGGAACUCAAGAUGCAGCUGGAGGCUCUGCGCACAGACUUGGACAGCACACAGCGCCGCGAAGAUCAAUUGGAGGAAGAGGGUGAAGAUGCAAGCCGUGAGAUGAUGGCGAUGCAGAAUAUCCUCGAGGAGCGCAUGGCAAACGAAGUGCAGCAUUGGAAGGACGAGCUGACAAGCUGGAAGCUCAAGCACGAGAGGCAGGAGCAACGCGUCGAACAGCUCGAGGUCGACCGAGAAGAGUGGGAAGCCAAGUACACAAAUCUGGAUUAUGAGCUCACCAAAGUCGAACAGGAGUACCAAGCAGUUCGUCUGGACGAGGUGGAAAAAGAAGCUGAUGAUCUCGAGCAAGAUGUUGAAGAGCAAAAGCAGACCAUCGAGCAGCUUGAAGACGACCUGGACUUACACGCUGGAGACUUAGAAUACGCGAAUGGCGAGGUUGCUAGGUUAUCUGAUCUUCUAGGUCACGUUGAACAAGAGCGGGAUACCAAGGCUGAUGAGAUUGAUCAGCUCAAUGCUGAACUGGACGAGGCGGAGAUGAAAGCAGAGCAAGCGGAGCGCAGAGAUCAGGCCUUGAAAGACCGCCUGAACGACGCGCAACUUCUCCUUGAUGAACGCGAGGCUAAGCUUGAGGAGCUAUCUGAAGCAUAUGAAGUUGUGCUUGCUAACAAGGAGCAACUUGCCAACGACUACCACGAAAUGAAAGAGGAGCUUGGCAGCCUGAAGGCCAAGCUCACGCACUCGCAAGAUGAGCUUGAGCAAACCCUUGAGGACCUCCGAGCGGAGGAGCGCUUGAACCAGCAGCAAGCGGAUGACUACGCAAUGCAGCUCAAGCAGAGAGAGGAGGAGUAUCAGUCCAAUCUUAAGAGCAAGGACAUGGAUGUUGCAGCAUUGGAGAAUCAUGCCGACAAUCUCAAAGAAGACGUCACGAAUCUGAAGGAAGACUUGCACAAACUGCAAUCCGCUUUGCGAGACCAAGCCGACCAGAGUCAGCGUCUGGGCCAGAGCCACGUCAACGACAGAUAUGCUCUGGAGCUGGAGAUCGACCGACUAAAGCGAGAAGUCGCAGCACUAGAGAGAGAGCUCGAAUCAGCAAGCAGGGCGGCUGAGAGGAAGGAAGACUUGCUUAAGGAGAAAGAUGCUGCAGGAAUCAAAGCUAACACCGACCUGCGAGACCUCGUGAGCAAGCUUGCCUCGGAACAACAGGCUCAUCUCGGGCUCUCUGAUCGGUUCGAAGCACAGAAGAAGGCCCUUCGCGAAGCGCAAGAGGAAGCCGAGGAAGCUCGGGCGAAGCUGGAGGAGCUCGAGCACCAACGAUCCGAGUACGAGCGCAACAAGAGCCAUGCCAAUGAACAAGCGGUCGGCCAACUCAAGGAGCGCAACACAUUGUUGCUCACGAUUUACCAAAGUCUCGGUCGCACCCUUGGCGCCGACAAGGGCUUGGGAGUGAGCCGCAAACGAGACGAUGCAGACCUCAAACCAUUCACCAACUUUGGCAUCUUCCAUGAUAGCCUCUUGUCUCGGAUGAGGCGGCUUGGAGAGCUUCGGACGCACUUCGACACCAAGGCAAAAGAGAUGGAGGCCAAGUUCCUGGAGCACUUCAGUGCAAUCAAGAAGCAGCAGGACGGGCAGAUGCGCCACAUUAAUCGUCUCGAGCAAACACUGAAGACAGCGUCCGACAAACAAGGAAUCUGGCGAUCGCGCAUAGUUGCGAAACAAGCCGAGUUGGACGCUGCCAAGUCCACAAAUAAUGAGCUGCAGCAGCAGAUCUCCUCGCUUAAGACUCGAACGGUGUUGUCUUCUCCAUCAUCGAACUCCAAGAUCACCAAUCUCAACUCGCGCGCGAACAAUGCAGAACGCAAGCUUGCAGCGGCACAGACCUCUCAGCAACAUGCGGAAGACCGCCUGGAGGAAACCAAACGCAGAUUCGAGCAGGACGAGUCCAAGUGGGUGGCCAGAAUCAAAGAGCUUGAGCUGAGAUGCAAAGCUGCGGAAGAGAAAGCUUCGAGGGAUCGGUCGAGCGCGAAGGAACGUCUGAAGGCUCUAGAGGAGCAGAAGCGGUGA